CGAGCCAUCGAAAAAGAUGGAGGAAAAGUUGAUCCUAGCCGUCUACGAAUACCCAGAGCUUUAUAAUUCAACGCUCCCAAUAUAUCGUAACAUUGACAGGAAAGCAAAUGCCUGGCGGAGUAUCGGCGCAUUAGUGGGGCUGUCGGGAGAGGAAGCGAAGCGGAAGUGGAAGAACCUGCGAGAUCGCUACAUAAAGGAGGUGAAGGCGGAAAGGCAGAGGAGCGGGCCAGAGAGUGGCAGCCAGAAGCAGUGGAGGUACCGCCACAUUCUGGAGUUUCUAAAGCCCUUCGUCCGUGACCGGCAACAGAAGAUAUGCAGCUCGCCGGAGAGGCAUGACUACAGCAACUCGGAUGAGGGAGAUGACAAGAGCAAGCUCAACCUGAUGCCCAAGUUAGCCCCCAUGGCUCAGCUGGCCCAGCUGACCCAGUUAGCCCUGGUGACCCAGCUAACACCCAUGCCCCAGCUUGCUCAUGCCCGAGGACAGGGACCCAUGGAGGCUCCACCUUCAUGCUCUUCCUCCUCCGUCCUUCCAGUGAGGGCUCCCAGCAGGAAGAAGAGGCCGGCAGAGAGUGCGGAGCUGGCACUGCGUUCGGCCGACUCGCCCACCGACGAGGACGAGCUCUUCCUCCUGAGUUUGGUCCCAGCUCUUAAGAGACUCCCACCGCAGAAACGUUGCGAAGCCAAAAUCAGAAUCCAGCAGAUCAUGUUCGAGGUGGAAUUUAAGUGACAGGGGGGCCCCCUGUGGUGCUGGGGGCCAUGAGGACAUUCUCGCUCUCCCACUGUC